UAAUCAUAAUUGGGUGAAAAAAAUUGCGUAUUUUGUGACGCGUAGAUAGUAAAAUAAUUGUACGGUCAGAUUGAUAUUACGAUCUUAUUUCAUAUAUCGAAAUUGUUUUUACUAAAAGUUUUGUUGUUUCGUUACAACCACUAUUACGAAUCAAUAUUUAUAACCAUGUCAGGGAAGCAACGAGGAAGUAACAUCAAGUGGCAAAGCUCGACAGACGCAAAUGAUACAUAUGAAUCAAAGUAUAAAAUGAGAUUGCGAGAAUCGCUGAGAAAUGCACAACAGUCUAUUACAAGUGAAAAUGAUAUUGUUAUGGAACCACGAAAGCGAGGUCGGGGUCCGUCUAAGAGACCUUGUCUAAACAGAAAUGCCUUGAUGGCUCGAGAGAAUCGGCUCAAGAAAAAAGCGUAUUUAGAGAAAAUAGAAAAUAAGCUAUCGUUUUAUCAACAAGAAAACAAAAAUUUAGUAAACAUUAUAAGAAAACAGGGUAUUGACAUAAAACGAUUAAGUGGGGAAGUCGCUUAUUUAAAGAGUGUAUUGAAUAACAAUACCAGUAUUACUGCAUUAUUGAAAACUAUCAAUGAUGGUCUUCAAAAGAUUAGUACACAGAGAAAAAAUUCAUUGUAUUCAAAUCAUGUUUCUGAAUGCCCAAAUGAAUUGAAUGUACAACACAAAUGUACAUGUUAUACAAAUGUAAAGGAAAAUAUAUUAAAUACUCAGAAUACCAAUAUAUUUAUUACAAAUGUUAAUAGUGAUCCAUUGAUAGAACAAAAUACAACUGAAGAUCAGAGUAAUGAAUUAUAUAGUAAUAAUCUCCAAAGACAAUAUAUAUGUAAGAAUUUAAACAUUGAUAAAAUUUCUUUAUCCUUUUCAGAUCCAGAUCAUACUUACACUGUUAUCAAAAAUUCUGUAGUUGAUGUCAAGAGCAAUUUUCAAAAUAAAGAUUUAAUAAACACAAUAACAUCAACUACUGGCUUAAUAUCUGAAGAUAAUUAUAUGGAUAAUCCAAAAGAAUUAGAUAAUUUAUUACCAAUUAGUCAAACAGAUUUGCCAAUUGUAGAUGAGAAAAGGGAUACCGAUACUAUUGGGAUCGAUUUUGAUCAAUUGUCUACUUUCAAUAUGGAUAUAUUUGAAGAUCUUCCAAAAUGUGAUGAGAUGAUGAAUACAGUGGAUAAUUUAAAUGAUACAUCCAACAUUUUCACAGAAGAAGAAAUAUCUCAAACACUAGAUAAUACUGGAAUCUGUCUUCAUGUUAAUUCAGACAAAGUAUCACUAGAGUUCUGUUCCAUUUGCCAUUUAAAUAGUAAAAACUCGGGAUCAAACUGAAGGGGGAAUUAAUUGUAUCUCUUGUAAGUCUACUCAAUGAUGAGUUACAGAAGAAGUUAACCAAAGAUUUUGGAAGUAUUUCUUGAUCAGUGGAUUAUAAAAAUUUAAUGAAAGUGUAUCAAGAAGAUGUAUGUCAGCACAUAGGUCUAUUUGCUGCUGAUGCAACCUAGAAAUAUUUCUCACAUGGAGCGAAAGUUGCGUUAUUAGUAUUUAUAUUAUAUAUGUACAUAUGUGUAUAUGUGUGUGUGUAUGUGUAUAUAUGCGUGUAUAUAUACUUUUCUCUCUGUAGCCAUACACAUGUGUACAUAUAUGCAUAUAUAUGUCUAUUUUAUAAAUAACAGAUUUUUUUAUAUAGUGUUUUAAAGUACAACUACAUAUAAUAGUAUAAAAUACUUUUCUCACAGGCUGCAUCAUUGCUACUUUGCAAUAAUGGUAUUUAACAACAUAAAAACUGUUUUUUGAUAGUACCUUGUUGGCAUUGAAGUUUACUAGCAACAAUCAUAUGAAAAGUUGAGGUUUGGCAUGUCUGUCACGUUCUGUUUAACAUUUAACAUAACAUAGUAUUUCGGAGCAAUUGCAAUUAGUGCUUGUUGGGAAAGUGUUGGAAUCACGAUCGCCCCCCUUCUCUUACAUACAAUAUAUAACUUUGUAAUAAACAGCUGCAUCCCGAGGAUUUUCAACCAAUAUGGAACAUUCCAUCCACUGAUCGAGUUUAAUGUAUUAUGUGAUUUUUCAUAAUAGAAAAUCGUUUAAAUUAUAACAAAAAUGAUCAUAUACAAUAAAAUAUUUCAUUACCUGUGA